AUGUUGUUGUUGAUGAAGUUGAAUGAUGAACAGCCUAGCAUUACUACCACAUCUAAACCAGUUCCUAAUCUACCCGCACCAGAGUUUGAUCCAUUGAGCGAUGAUUUUAAUUUUUCGAGGGAUGAUCCAUUCAUCGCAUCAUUGACUUAUAGGAGUUUAUAUUAUUUAGCAAAUGGAACAGAUUACAUACUUGAAUACUCUAGAAAAGUCAGAAAAAGGAUAGAUGAUACAGCUUUAAGUUACAUUGGUUUCCGGCCAAAUUACAUUCCACAAAACUAUAUUGAAUCGCAAAUGCGUGCUGGUUCAAUUAGUCCAUGGGGUUUUGCGCACAAUGGAUGCGGAAUAUCCAAAAGGCUCAAAGAGAAAACCGUAGAUAAACUCGAAAGGAAAACAGAUGAACUCAAAAAGAAUAAUAAUCACAUAUCGAUUACGAUAGCUGACACAAAUGAACAAGAGGAUUCUUUAGAAGAAAAAUCGAACCAUUCAAAUGAUCAAGAAAAUUAUUUAAAAAGACUUGAAGAUUUGGAAGCUUUUCGAAUUCUCCUUGAAAAAAAUUUUAUUGACACUUCAUUAAUUAACUCCAUCAAAAAAGAGCAAAAAGAAGUAGCAAAAUAA